CUUCCUUCUCCUCUUCAACUUUCAACCCAAUUACCAACGCACCAGAGAGGUGGCAAUGGCAUCAGCAUCACAAUAUCACAGUCCCACUCUGUUGCAAUGUGCUUUGUUGGUUCUCACUCUGUUCUCAUCAGGGCCAAAAGUAUCGGAAUCGGCAAGAGUAUUUACAAUAAUAAACAGCUGCAAGGAGACAAUCUGGCCGGGAGUUACGCCGGGAGAGAACUUCAACGGCGGCGGCUUUGCCCUAAAACCAGGCCAAUCCAUCGUCUUCACGGCCCCUGUCGGCUGGUCCGGCCGCAUUUGGGGCAGAACCGGCUGCAAGUUCGACAAGGCCGGCAACGGGUCAUGCCAGACCGGGAGCUGCGGCUCGACCCUCAAGUGCGGGGCCUCAGGCGAGCCCCCGGCCUCCCUCGCCGAAUUCACCCUCGCGACGCUCGAUUUUUACGAUGUCAGCCUCGUCGACGGCUUCAAUGUACCGAUGGUGGUGACGCCGAUCAACGGCAAGGGCAACUGCAGCGUGGCCGGCUGCGAUUCGGACCUGCGGCAGAACUGCCCGUCGGAGCUGGCCGUUAAGGCCAACGGGAAGACGGUGGCGUGCCGGAGCGCGUGCGACGUGUUCGACACCGACGAGUAUUGCUGCCGGGGCGUUUAUGGAAAUCCGGUGAUUUGUCAGCCGACGUAUUACUCUAAAACGUUCAAGUCGGCGUGCCCCACGGCUUAUAGCUACGCCUAUGAUGAUCCCACCAGCAUUUUCACAUGCUCUGGAACUGACUAUGUCAUCAACUUUUGCUCAUCCAGGAAGCGGCCGGUGUGCACGUAUCACAAUCGCAAGCUGGUGUGCAGUGGAUCGGAGGGCUUGAAAUCCUUGAUUGGAAGAUGGUGGAGCUUCAUGAUUGGAUUGCCCCUACUGAUUAACCUGUGGAUCGUCAUUUAAGCGAGCAUCAUCAUCAUGGUCUUUCAUUCUUGAAUUUAAGAGUUACUUAUGCGUCUCUUAUUGAUUUGUAUGUAUGGAUAUGUUUGGUUUACGUGUUUUUUCACUCUAAUUUGUUCAAAUUUGAUGAAAUAUAAUUAA